AUGGCUAAUUCGAUCCGAAGAACUACUUCUCACGUUCGUUCAAGCAGUUGGCCAUGUACUCCGUACCCUCUAGAGUCGAGCAUUGAGGAUCUCUUGCUCAAGAUCACUAGCUCGAGCUCAUCACCAUCUUCUUCGGUGGCAUACAUAUGUAACAACUUGUAUGAUAUCAAGAAUUUGUAUGAAGGCAUCAACAAUUUAAUCCAGUGUUCCAUGAACCAAAAAGUGCUUUCCCUAGGAGAACACCAAAGUGUUGUUGAAGAGGUUCUAGAAGGUUCUCUUGGCUUGUUGGAAGCUUGUUCAUCCACUAAUGAUGUUUUGUCCAUGAUGAAAGAAUCCAUCGUCGAGCUUCAAUCAUGUCUUCGAAGAAAAAGCAGUGAACAAGAGAAGGAUAUCAAUGCUUAUUUGAUGUCUAGGAAGAGAAUCCAAAAAAUGGCAAACAAAUGCUUAAAAAAGUUGCACAAGCUAAACUUGGAAAAAGAUGGAAAAUACAACAUCCCUUCUUUGAAAAUGCUAAACAAAGCUGAGAUUAUUAGUUUUUCGGCUUUGAAAUAUGUCUUGGCUUAUUUUUCGAAACCAACCAACAAAGGAAAGAGUUGGUCAUUAAUGAGUAAAUUGAUGCAAUCAAAGAGCAUAUCAUACGAUACACAACUGGAUUCCAAUGAAAUAAUGAAAAUUGAUAACGUGAUUUUUGCUCAUGGAGCAAAGAAGACAAACGUAGACGUUAAAAUGAGUCAAGAUUUGUUGAAACAAUUAGGAGCACUUGAAGUUAGUGUUCAAGAAAUUGAAGGGUCCUUGGAGGCAAUAUCUAGAUGCUUAUUAAGAACAAGGGUAUCCCUUCUUAAUGUAAUUAGCCAUUAG